AAAAAAAAAAAAAAAAAAAAACCCAAACAGAGAGAAAAAGAAAAAGUAGAACCAACAACACAACUCCCUUCAAAUUUGGAGAAACCGAGAAAACCAAAAAAAAAAAAAAAAAAUGGGAACAAUAUCCUACAGAGGUGAUUGAAAGACAGGGAAAAACAGAUAUAUAUAGAGAGAGAGUUAAACGGCCACCUACACCUCAAACAACUUCUGGUUGGCCGCUAACGUGAUUUUUUCCUCCUCCCUAAAACAACUCUUUAUUUCCAUUACCCUUUUUUUCCUUUCGGCUUUCUCUCAAUUUUCUCGCGAAAACAACAAGGAAAAGGAAGCAGAACAAGAAUCCCAUAGGGAAGAAAAAAAAAGGGAAAAACUACCUGUUUACUAAUACCCAAUUGAGCCCUACAUCGCCAUCGUGUUCCCAGCCUCUGUUUAUUUGAGCUGUGGUGUUCUUCAGGUAAAUUUAUUUUGUCAUUCAUUUCUUCAUUACCAUUUCGUUUAUAUUUCUAGAUCUUCCAUUUUGUCCUUUUUUUUUUUUGGGUUCUGGAAACUUUUUGAAGUUAUUAUUUUGUAUCAUUAGAGAUACUGUUUCUUUUGCUUCCUUGACUCGAACAAAGAUGCAGCAUAAUAUAUUCACCACAAUGCGUAGUUUAAAGCUUAGCGAUGGAUGUAAAGGCACGCAAGUUUAUGCCCUUAACGCCAAGGGUGGUGGUGGUGGCGGUACCGCUGCCGGUGGUGGAGGCGAAGGAGUCGGUGAAAAACUCUUCCACCAAAUUCACGACCAUCUUAGAGUUAAUUCGAUUCGAUACAAAUCGAGUGGAAAUUACCAAGCUUCUAACGUGACCCCUGCUGCGGUAACUGAAACCCUGCUUCCUUAUGGCCUCCCUGUCUCCGAUCUCCUUGAGCCCCAGAUUGAGUCAUGUCUAAAAUUCGUUGAUUUUAUCGAAGCUCUUGCUGAUGUUUACCGUAGGACUGAGAAGUGUCCACAAUUUGAGAAAUCGAGAAUGUAUUUCGAGCAAUAUGCAAUUUUUAGGGGCUUAUCUGAUCCGAAACUUUUCUGGCGGACCCUUCGGUCUGCCAGGCAGCAUGCCGUUGAUGUACAUUCCAAGAUUGUUUUAGCAGCGUGGUUGAGGUAUGAGAGGAGGGAGGAUGAGCUUGUUGGCACAUAUUCAAUGGAUUGUUGUGGAAGAAACAUUGAGUGCCCUAAGGCUACCAUGGUAGCUGGUUAUAAUCCGGAAUCUAUUUAUGAUCCUUGUAUUUGUUCUAGGAAUCCUCGAGGGGAAUUUGAGGAUGAUUCUUCAAUUGGGGAUGAGCAAUGUUCCACUUGUGAUGAUGAUGGGGACAUGUCAUUUUGUAUUGGAGAUGAUGAGGUUAGGUGUAUACGGUCCAAUAUUGCGUCGCUAUCAACACCGUUUAGGACGAUGUUGUAUGGUGGUUUCAGGGAGUCAAGAAGAGAGAGGAUAUAUUUUACCCACAAUGGUAUUUCAGUAGAAGGAAUGAGAGCUGUUGAGCUAUAUAGUAGGACAAAAAGAUUAGAUUCUUUUGAUUCACGAAUUAUUUUGGAGCUUCUUUCUUUCUCAAAUAGGUUUUGUUGCGACAAUUUGAAGUGUGCUUGUGACACUUAUUUAGCAUCUUUGGUAAAUGACAUGGAGGAUGCACUGUUGUUAAUUGAGUAUGGAUUGGAGGAAAAUGCGUAUCUUCUUGUGGCAGCUUGCUUGCAGGUUUUUCUGAGGGACCUCCCAAAUUCUACGCACAGCCCUAAUGUGAUGAGAUUUUUUUGUAGUUCAGAUGCAAGGGAAAGAUUGGCUCUAGUUGGGCAUGCUUCCUUUUUAUUGUAUUACUUCUUGAGCCAGAUUGCAAUGGAGGGGGAUAUGAAAUCUAACACUACCGUGAUGCUUCUAGAGAGGUUGACAGAGUGUGCAAUAGAAAGUUGGCAGAAACAACUUGCAUGUCACCAGUUAGGUGUUGUGAUGCUUGAGAGAAAAGAGUACAAAGAUGCUCAAAAAUGUUUUGAGGCAGCUUUUGAUUCCGGUCAUACAUAUUCUUUAGUGGGUGUUGCAAGGGCCAAGUUCAAGCGUGGCCACAAGUAUUCAGCAUACAAGCUGAUUAACUCACUCAUGUCAGAUUAUAAGCCAGUUGGGUGGAUGCAUCAGGAACGUUCCUUGUAUUGUGUUGGGAAGGAGAAGAUGUUAGAUUUAGAAGUGGCAACAGAAUUGGAUCCUACCCUUUCUUUUCCAUACAAGUACCGGGCUGUUUCAUUGUUGGAGGACAAUAAGAUCGGAGCUGCCAUCUCAGAAAUUAAUAAAAUAAUUGGUUUCAAGAUAUCCCCGGACUGCCUUGAGUUACGGGCCUGGAUUUCGAUUGCCAUGGAGGAUUAUGAAGGAGCUCUUAGAGAUGUCCGGGCACUUUUGACUUUAGAACCAAAUUGCAUGAUGUUUCAUGGAAAAAUGCAUGGUGACCACUUGGUGGAGCUCCUGCGCCCUCUUGUUCAGCAGUGGAGUCAGGCUGAUUGCUGGAUGCAAUUGUAUGACCGGUGGUCUUCUGUUGAUGAUAUUGGUUCCCUAGCUGUUGUACACCAUAUGCUGGCAAAUGACCCAGGAAAGAGCCUCCUACAGUUUAGGCAGUCUCUCCUUCUUUUAAGGUUAAAUUGUCAGAAGGCUGCAAUGCAUAGUCUACGGUUAGCUAGAAACCAUUCUACUUCAGAACAUGAAAGGCUUGUCUAUGAAGGAUGGAUAUGGUAUGACACUGGCCACUUUGAGGAAGCACUAGCUAAGGCAGAGGAGUCAAUCUCCAUCCAGAGAUCAUUUGAAGCUUUCUUCCUUAAAGCAUAUGCUUUAGCAGAUUCCAGUCUCGAUCAAGAGUCCUCAGCGUAUGUUAUCCAACUUCUGGAGGAAGCUCUUAGAUGCCCUUCAGAUGGCCUUCGGAAAGGGCAAGCAUUGAAUAAUUUAGGUAGUGUGUACGUAGACUGUGAAAAGCUAGAUCUUGCUGCAGAUUGCUACAUGAAUGCGCUCAACAUCAAGCAUACACGAGCACAUCAGGGUCUAGCACGGGUAUUUCAUCUAAAAAAUCAGCGUAAAGCUGCAUAUGAUGAGAUGACAAAGCUGAUAGAGAAGGCACGCAACAAUGCGUCAGCUUAUGAGAAGCGUUCAGAAUACUGUGACCGUGACAUGGCAAAGAGUGAUCUUAUUAUGGCAACACAGUUAGAUCCCUUGAGGACAUAUCCAUACAGAUACAGGGCAGCAGUUCUAAUGGAUGAUCACAAAGAAAAUGAAGCUAUAACAGAGCUCACAAAAGCGUUAGCUUUCAAGCCAGACCUCCAGCUACUACAUCUUCGGGCUGCUUUUCAUGAUUCAAUGGGUGAUUAUAUAUCCUCUGUUAGAGAUUGUGAAGCAGCCCUAUGUCUUGACCCCAACCAUACCGACACUCUUGAGCUAUAUAAUAAAGUUCGUGAGCAGGUUAAAGAUCAGAAAUAAGAAAGAAGGGCACCAUUUUUUUUGGGCUUUCAGAAGCACCACCAUGGCCUUUGGGAGAAAUGGAAAUUAGGAGGAAAGAAAAAGGAAAGCGUUUGGUUUACUGGAAAAGGAGAAAGGAGAAAGGAGAAACCGGACGAGAUAGCUUGUAAAUAUUUGUUUUCUAUGUCAAGGAUUGAACCAAUCAAUAAUAUGAAAGUCCAGGCAUGCGACUGAUGCUGCUGCUGCCCCUAUAUACUACUUUGGCAGGGGGCGGUGCCAAUGCUACAGUCAAAAGAAUCAUGUAAAUGAAGCUGCAGAAGUCUAUCCAGGCUAGAGAUUUUGCACUCUGUUGGUCUUUUUUGCUAUACCUUAUGUAUUCUAACACUUCUUAUCCUGGAUGUUCUAUCGUUGUUGGAGCUUGAAAUUAUCCCUUAAACAAGGAGUUUCUUUCAAACAGCUUGCAAUUAUAUUUGAGAGCCGCUACAUAGUCCAAGAGUAUGCGUUCUUCUACUCAUUUUAAGACUUGGUAAAAGACCCUCUCACAAUGUAAAGACCUUGAUCUCUUCUUAUAGCUACCAACUAUGGCCAUUUGGUUUUUCACUUCUCACAUGUUAUCCCAUCCCAAGUUCCCAACAAGUUCUUAAUGUUAACAUUCUGCUUCAGCCUUCAGACAAAUAGAUCUGUGGAGACUGCUGCUGCGGCUGCCAUCUUUUCUACUUUACCAUGUUAAGUGGGGUCAGUAAUAGCAUAGAGAAAUCUUAUCUAAUUGUACAAAAUCAUUGUUUUCAUGGUAAUUCGAUUUACAUGUGUCGAAAGUUGGAAGCAUC